AUGAUCAGCAAAUUUCUAAAAAAUUUUGAUAUUUUUGCAUAACCCUUUUAAUUUAAUUCUGCAAAAUAAAGUUAAAGAAAAAGAACUUGUAUUGGAGGGUUUUUAUCCAUAUCAAUAGUCAUCGUAACUCUAACUUACUUCUUUUACUUAACUUAUGGAUAUUCUAAUAAUUAAAUGCCACCUAAGUAUAGGUCUUAAAGCUUCGUUACUAAUGACAACAUCAAUAUAUCUAUGCAUAAUGAUCUGUUUGCAUUUUAAUUUACAUAAUUUUAAGGAAACCGCACCUUAGAUGACUUAUAAGCUCAAAAAAAUAAAACUUAUUUGACUUUUGUUGCCUUAUUUAUUGAAAAGACUUCAACCACAUUUAAUGUAUCCUAAAUAGAUUUUAUCUAAUGCUAAAACCCUUAAUUAAAUGGAUUUAAAUGUUUAGAUAUGUCAAAGCUCCCUAAUAAAUAUAUUACAACUGGAAAUAUUAAUCAAAUUUAUUCUGAUAUAACUAUCUUCGUAUAUAGGUGCUAAGAUAUUGACUAAUUCAAAUAAACUGUUCCUGAUAAUUGCGCUAGCCCAGAAGAAAUAUCAGAUUAUUUAACAGACGUAAAUAAUAUGCUAAGUCUUAAACUAUACACAUCUUAAUAUAAUACAACAUCCAAGUCUAUUUAAACUAGUUUUAAAAACUAAAAUAUUUUAAUAUCUAAAAACCAAAAAAUGCUUACAGAAUUGAGAGCUCAAAAGCACACUACUACAGUUAAAGAUGGCCCUUUAAUUCAAAACGAAUAUGAGUAUACUUCUCCUAUAUCUUUUAUAGUCAAUAGUCAAGUUUUAGGAUCAUAUGUAAAUGACAUAAGCUAGCCAUUACCAUUCAACAAUAUAAUUGAAAUUAUUUAUAGCGUGGAUGAAACAGUUUAGUAUAUAGGCAUUCAAUAUCCUACUUAUCCUGAAGUAUUAGCUUUAUGCAACAGUACUUUAGCUCUCCUUAUGUGUUUAGGAUUUUUUGGUAGAUAGAUGGCACAGUAAAUCAUAAAACAAGAGUUAUUCAUGCUAACUUUAUAAAACAUAUAUAAAGGAACAUUCUAAAAAAUUUUAAAAGUAAAUAAUUUACAAGUUUAUGAUGAUAUCAUCCAAUUAGAAGGUUUAUCUGAAAGUUAUCAAACGCAAACUUAGAACAGCGACGAGCAUCAAGGAUAAAUAUUUGUACCGUCUAUUAUAGCUAAGCAGCAAUAAUUAAUAUUGAGCUCAAAUACAAGGAUCAAAUAUGAUGAUAAAUAAUAAGAUGAAGUAAAAGAGUCCAUAAUUUCUGAAAUCUACAGCACUGAAUAGUCUCCAAAAAGCAAAAUUAUUACUAACCAAAAUUUUAAUAUAGAAAAAAGUACUGUCCAACCUUAAAUUGGAAAAAAACAAAGAAAGAGGUAUAGAUCUCCAGAAGAUAAUAACAAAAUAUUUAAAAACAAUUAAACAGAUUAUUAAUCUAUCUCAAAAGGUAUUAUAUUAUCAAAUUCAUAAACAAGUAAAUUGCAAAAUAUGGAAGUUAAAUCAAAACUUGAUGAUUUACCUAAAAAGUAAAAUUUAUUAGAUUGUAUAAAUUCAAGAAUUGAUAAUUAAAAUCUAUCAAAGAAAAUAGAAAACAAACUAUUUAAUUUCAAACUGUUCAAUAAAAAAAAACAUUUAGAGAUGAAAGGACUAAACAAAAUCACUAUUUAAUCUAUUAAAAACCAAGUAGCUAAUAGCUUAGACUUUGUUAGCUUCUAUAAAGAUAUGCUUUUGGUUAAAAAAGCUAUUAUGAUUCUAUUGAGUAAUGAGUAAUUAGCUGCUUUAGAACUCGUAGGUAUUACGGAUAUGUACUUUCAAGAUAAUAUUGAUAAAAAUGAUUACAAAAAAAAUUACUUUGAAGAAUAAUUUGAAAUUUCAUAAUCGGAUGAAUUAAAAUCCAAAUACAUUGAAAGCUUUAUAAAAAAGUGCUAGAAUAUCCAAAAUUUGAGUAGCACUGAUUAAAGAAUAUUUUCAUCACUAAUUUGA